AUGCCUCCCAGGCCGUCGUCGGGAGAACUAUGGGGGAUGCACUUGAUGCCCCCCAGCAUCAAAGUGGACUGCCUCCUGCCCAACGGCAUGAUCCUGACGUUGGAGUGCUUGCGCGAGGCCACGCUGAUCACGGUCAAGCACGAGCUUUUCAAAGAAGCCCGCAAAUACCCUCUCUACUAUCUACUGCAAGAGGAGAGCUCCUACAUCUUCGUCAGCGUCACCCAAGAGGCGGAACGAGAGGAGUUUUAUGACGAGACCAGGAGGUUGUGCGACCUCAGGCUCUUCCAAGCCUUUCUCAAAGUCAUCGAGCCUGUCGGCAACAGGGAAGAAAAGAUUCUCAAUCGAGAAAUUGGUUUUGCUAUCGGGAUGCCCAUAUGCGAGUUCGAUCUGGUCAAAGAUCCGGAAGUGCAGGACUUUAGAAGGAACAUUUUGAAUGUUUGCAAAGAGGCCGUGGACCUCCGAGACUGUAACGGACCCCACAGUCGAGCCUUGUACGUCUAUCCCCCCAAUGUGGAAUCUGCAGCGGACCUACCCAGGCACAUACAUAACAAGCUAGAUAAAGGUCAAAUCAUUGUGGUCAUAUGGGUGAUCGUGUCGCCCAGCAAUGACAAGCAGAAGUACACUUUGAAGAUCAACCACGACUGCGUGCCGGAGCAGGUGAUCGCCGAGGCCAUUCGCAAAAAAACGCGCAGCAUGCUGCUCUCCCAGGAGCAGCUAAAAAUGUGCGUGCAGGAGUACCAAGGGAAGUACAUCCUCAAAGUCUGCGGUUGUGACGAGUACCUGCUGGAGAAAUACCCUCUGAGUCAGUACAAGUACGUGCGCAGCUGCAUCAUGUUGGGGCGAAUGCCUAACUUGAUGCUGAUGGCGAAAGACAGUCUCUAUUCGCAACUGCCAAUGGACAAUUUCGCCAUGCCGUCGUACGCCAGACGGAUAUCCACGGCGACUCCUUACAUGAAUGGAGAAACGUCCACGAAGUCUUUAUGGACGAUCAACGGAGCGCUCAGGAUCAGGGUGCUCUGCGCCACUUAUGUCAAUGUUAAUAUCAGAGACAUAGACAAGAUCUACGUCAGGACUGGCAUCUACCACGGUGGAGAGCAGUUGUGUGAUAAUGUCAACACCCAGCGCGUGCCUUGUUCAAAUCCCAGGUGGAAUGAGUGGCUCAACUACGACAUGUACAUUCCGGACAUUCCACGUGCUGCACGUCUUUGCCUCUCCAUCUGCUCAGUUAAAGGGAGGAAGGGGGCAAAGGAGGAGCACUGUCCACUGGCCUGGGGCAACAUCAACCUGUUUGACUACACUCACACACUCGUAGCAGGAAAGAUGGCGCUCAACCUUUGGCCCGUCCCUCACGGCCUGGAAGAUCUGCUCAACCCCAUCGGCGUCUCGGGCUCCAAUCCCAACAAGGAAACUCCAUGCCUGGAGUUGGAGUUUGACCAUUUUAGUUCUCCGGUCAAGUUCCCUGAUAUGACCAUCAUUGAAGAUCAUGCAAAUUGGAAUAUUUCUAGAGAGCUUGGACUGAAUUACUGCCCCACGGGUUUGAGUAACAGAGUGGCCCGAGACAACCCCUUCACGGACAGCGACAAUGAGCAGCUUCGCCAAGUUUGUAACCGCGACCCGUUGUCUGAGAUCACUGAGCAGGAGAAAGACUUUCUAUGGAGGCACAGACAUUAUUGUGUCACCAUGCCUGACAUCCUUCCCAAGAUCCUUCUCGCUGUGAAAUGGAACUCCAGAGAUGAGGUUGCACAGAUGUAUUGCCUUCUGAAGGAUUGGCCCGCGAUCAAGCCGGAACAAGCCAUGGAGUUGCUGGAUUGCAACUUUCCCGAUCCCAUGAUCAGAGAUUUUGCUGUAAAGUGCCUUGAGAAAUAUUUAACAGAUGACAAACUGUCACAGUACCUCAUUCAACUGGUUCAGGUUCUAAAGUAUGAGCAGUACCUUGAUAAUCCACUUGGCCGUUUCCUGCUGAAAAAAGCAUUAACCAACCAGAGGAUAGGGCAUUUCUUCUUCUGGCAUUUAAAAUCGGAAAUGCACAACAAGACGGUCAGCCAGAGGUUCGGACUCCUGCUGGAGUCGUACUGCCGGGCCUGCGGCAUGUACCUGAAGCACCUCAGCCGCCAGGUGGAAGCCAUGGAGAAACUCAUCAAUCUCACGGACCUCCUCAAACAGGAGAAAAAGGAUGAGGCGCAGAAGGUUCAGAUGAAGUUUCUGGUGGAGCAGAUGAAGAGGCCAGACUAUAUGGACGCACUGCAGAGUUUCACUUCCCCGCUGAAUCCGGCACACCAGCUGGGAAACCUACGUCUGGAAGAAUGUCGGAUGAUGUCAUCUGCCAAGCGACCUCUGUGGCUUAAUUGGGAAAACCCGGAUAUGAUGUCGGAGCUCCUAUUUCAGAACAACGAAAUCAUCUUCAAAAACGGAGACGAUCUGAGGCAGGACAUGCUGACGCUGCAGAUCAUUAGGAUAAUGGAGAACAUCUGGCAGAACCAAGGCCUUGAUCUCAGGAUGCUCCCGUACGGUUGCCUUUCCAUCGGCGACUGCGUAGGUUUGAUCGAGGUGGUGAGGAAUUCUCACACCAUCAUGCAGAUCCAGUGUAAAGGAGGCCUGAAGGGGGCGCUGCAAUUUAACAGCCACACACUGCAUCAGUGGCUCAAAGAUAAGAACAAGGGCGAGAUGUAUGACCAAGCUGUAGAUUUGUUCACGCGGUCAUGCGCGGGCUAUUGCGUCGCCACGUUUAUCCUGGGCAUAGGCGAUAGACACAAUAGCAACAUCAUGGUGAAAGAUGACGGACAGCUGUUCCACAUCGAUUUCGGCCAUUUCCUUGACCACAAAAAGAAGAAAUUUGGCUACAAGAGAGAGCGAGUGCCCUUUGUUUUGACACAAGACUUCUUGAUCGUCAUCAGCAAGGGUACUCAAGAGUGCACCAAGACCAGAGAGUUUGAAAGGUUCCAAGAGAUGUGUUACAAGGCCUACCUGGCGAUCCGGCAGCACGCCAACCUCUUCAUCAACCUCUUCUCCAUGAUGCUGGGCUCCGGGAUGCCCGAGUUACAGUCGUUCGACGACAUCGCUUACAUCCGCAAGACCUUGGCCUUGGACAAAUCGGAGCAGGAGGCCCUGGACUAUUUCAUGAAGCAGAUGAACGACGCUCACCACGGCGGCUGGACCACCAAAAUGGACUGGAUCUUCCACACCAUCCGCCAGCACGCCAUGAACUAA